AUGAGCAAUGCAGAGCUUUUGCCGCCAGGCCAGUCUGCCCCCGCCAACGACUCCACUGUCACCUUCCUUCCCAGUGCUGCGCUGUAUGUCAAGAACGAGCAGCAAGCCUCUGGCUCGGCGCUGUCAGGCGCAGCCAUCGCCGCCAUCGCUGUAGCCUCUGUUGUGGCAGCCGCCGCGGUGGUGGCAGCCGGCCUGCUGCUGCUACGCCAGGAGCGGCGGCGGCAGCGGCUUCAUGGCAAGCUGGACGGGGCAGACGCCGCGGUCAAGCUUGGCUCGGAGGCGUCUGGCGUCUUGGCGUCUGGCGGCGACCAUCAGGGCAGCCGAGACUUGGAAGGCGCAGGCAGCGCCGGAAUAGUGUCGGCGGCGAGCCAUGGCCAGGCUGCCACAUCUGGCGCUUCCCAGGCGGCGGGGUCUGGAGGCGUGGUGGUGCUGCGGUCGGUGCAGGUGCCUCCAUCUCGUGCCAGCACCUUUGCCGUGCCGCACCCCUGGCUGGCCCACCCGCCGUCCUUGCCGGGCACCUCAGCGCCUGCCACCCCCGCCAUCCCGGGCCCCUGCCCCCCCAUUCCCCUGUCGGAUCUCGCCAAACAGCUGGAGGCGCUGUCCUUCUCCAGUGGCAGCGGCAGCGGCAGCAGCAGCAAUUUCAGCAGGUGGGCGGUGGGCGUGGCGGAUGCUGAGGUGGCGGGGCAGGGCCCCCACCUCAUUCUGGCCGACCUGCCUCCCAACCUGCGGGAGUGGGUGAUCGACCCGGCGGCCAUCGAGUUCCUGCGCUCGCCUGACGGCAGGCUGCUUGAGCUGGGGGCUGGAGCCAGCGGCCGCGUGUACAAGGCGGUGUAUCGAGGCGAGCCUGUCGCAGCAAAGGUAAUGGAGAUUGGCAGCAGUCCCAGCAGCCAGCGCGAGUUUGUGACGGAAGCAGUGGCGCUGGUCACGCUGCGGCACCCCAAUGUUGUCGGGUUCUAUGGAGUGGCGUUGCUGGCUGGCAAGGGCGUGCUUGUGAUGGAGUACUGCGAAGGCCGCGACCUGUCCAGCGCGCUGCAGCUGCGAGCCCCCGGCACCAACGACCGCAUCUACGGCUGGUACCGGCGGGGCUGGCGCUGCGCAUGGGAUGCCUCCAAGGCAUUGAACCACCUGCACUCAAAGCAUGUCACUCACAUGGAUCUCAAGUCGGGCAACACGCUGCUGACAUCCCGCGGCCCCGGCGGUACCGCCAAGCUGGCAGAUGUGGCGCUGUCACGCAUGCAGACCCGCACCUUCCUGUCGGAUGUGCCGAUGGUUGGCACCUUUGCCUGGGUGGCUCCCGAGGUGCUGAUGGACGGCCAGAACUGCACCGUGGCCAUCGACAUCUACUCAUUCGGGGUCCUCCUGUGGGAAAUCAUCACAGGCGACAGGCCGGUGAGGGGCCACAUGCGGCAACCAAGGGUGCCCGAAGAGUGCCCUCAGGAAGCUGCCGACCUGAUGCAAGCCUGCGUCCAGCUCAACCCUGCCGAGCGUCCCAACGCACAGCAGCUCAUGCAGCGGCUUGAGAAGAUGCAGCCGCCGUCAGCGCUGCGGGGUGGCAGCAGGUAG